AUGGGUGACACUUUCACCAAUCAACCUGAAUUCUUCGAGGUGGAGCUCGGUGAGAGUCUGCUUUCGAGAAACGAAACCCUCGCUUCUUUCCGAGAGCUUGGCCCGCCUGAUCUGGUUCACGUCAUCAAAUCCACAGGCAGCAGCGCCAGGUCCCGCGACAUCGGCUCUUAUCACUACGUUUCGGGCGUCGAUGCUUCGUCUUCGGCCGCGCUUGCCGCGUAUAUCAACAGCCUCACCUACGAGCUCGACCAAAACACCAGUUUCUUCUCCAGCAAAGCUGCCUAUAAGCUCAAAAGCGGCGCAUACUGUUGCUUCAAUGCAUUCUCGCGUGUCGAUGUUCGCGUAGAAGUGCGCAUCCCAGGAAGUGUAGAUGCCUACGUCGUGGACCUUCGCGGAGAGCGUCACGAAACCACACCCGAGAUCUGGCAGGAGGUCUACCUCUCUGCGCUGCUCCGCUCCAUUCUCUACGCCGACGAUGCCAACUACCGCCUCGCCGGCUAUCGCAAGCUCGACCCCAUCUCCAGUCCCGACGCUGAAUACCGCUUUUUACAAGCAGCGGAGAACCUCUUUUUCAAAGGCUGGCAGCUCGGCUCUGAUCCCGAGAUCCAGGUCGCAACCGUCGUUUCAAAUCACCUCACCGCUGGUAUUCUCAAGUACUUUGGCGAGGCAUCCAGGUACGAGCAGGCCGUCAACCUUUUCGAGAAGCUGUGGGCGAGGGAGCCAGAAGUGGCAGCUCUCGUCGCUCAAUCCUACCUCGGCAUGAACGAAGAGAUCAAGGCCGUCCAGGUGAUGCACACUGCCAUCAAGGAGACUCCGCAGUCCUAUGCUCUGCUGCAUGCUCAGGUCGACUUCCUCCGAUCCAAGGGCAAGUUCGAAUGGGCGCUCAAGGUGGCCAAGCAGGCAGUCAAUUGCGCUCCGUCCGAGUUUGUCACGUGGGCUAAGCUUACGGAAUGCUACAUCGAUCUCGAGCAGUGGGAGUCGGCGCUGUACACGCUCAACUCGUGUCCUAUGUUCACCUACAACGAGCGCGACUUGCAUAGGAUGCCCACACCAGCGCGCAGCCACUUGCCCGUCAAGACGUUCAUCACCGAGAGCGGACUGGUUGAUGAGGAGAGUGCUCGCGACAACGAGGCAGAUGUUGCGCUUCUACGUUUGCCUGCACCGGCGCUGCGCGGUACGUUUGCGAAAGCAUACGCGCUGCUGGGCCGUCUGGUCAGCUCGAUCGGAUGGGAUGAGCUGCUCAGAUACCGCUCAGAGGUGUUUGUUAUGGAGGAGGAGUAUCGUGCACAAAAAGCUGCCGCAACGCAGCCCGAAGAUGAUGACGCUUCGACUCGAGGAGUGGCUCCGAUCGACUCGCCUGCCAUUGCAUCGUCCACACCACCACAACCGUCCAGCUUCUCUGCUGGCGCCACAGGACUGGAUACUGAGGCAGACGACGCCGAUGACCGGAGUGAUGACAGCAGCGAAGUGCAGCCCGCCAACAACGGGGCGGCGAAAUCGCAACUGGGUAUCAACACAGCUGCGAACGCGUCCUCGCAGUCGAUCCCCACCAUUAAGAUCUCGACCGACUCGGACCACGAGCGAGAAAAGCAAGAGCUGGAAGACUACAUGAAGACGAUGAAUCAGCCGUCGGGUCAGCAAGACGAUGCGGCCGAGGACGAAGCGAAACGACCUUCGAUCCAGAUCGAUCCCCCGCCGCUGGAAAAGCCGGCUCAAGCCUCGGCGGGCCACGGGAGGACCGACUCGACGUCUACGGCUGUGCCCGGCGAUCUGUCUGCCACGUCGCACCACAGCACGGCUGCCAACGGCAAACCUGGCCCGAUUGUCAACGGCGAGCACGAUGCGUCGAUCGCGAUGGCCGAAGCGCGACAGAAGGAGAAGAACGCUGGCUUUUCGUUCCGUGACAAGCGACUGUGCGAGCGGUGGCUGGACAACCUGUUCAUGGUGCUGUACGAGGACCUGCGGGUGUACACCAUUUGGCGGGCCGAGAUUGCGCACUUCCGCACGCAGAACCUGGCGUACCGCAAGACGGGAACGGAGUGGGAGAUCCUGGGCGAGCUGGCGCUGCGGUUGCUGCACAAGGACGAAGCGCGGGACGCCUUCCAGCGUUGUGUCGAUGUCAAGUUCAGCGCGAAAGCCUACCUGCGUCUGCUGGAGCUGUACACGGAGGCGCGCGAUGUGCAGAGGAGCCUGUGGACGGCAAUCCGACUGACGGCGUACCACCACCGGUGGUACAUGGAGGGCAGCUUCCCUGGCGCGGUGGCCACGAGCCUGUUCAAGCUGAUCAAGACCGAAGGACUAGCCAAGGUGUCGUACACGCUCGUGUCGAUGAGCCCGCCUCAGGCGAUACUCAAGCUGAUGCAGAACUACUUUGCGUAUGCGACGGCGUUCAAGGUGCCUGGCUAUGACUUUUGA